AUGUCUAAUGAGGCUCGCCAAGGCAUCAGACCACACAUACGGCGGCUACUAAACCAAGGCAUUUUGGCCCCAUGUCGAUCUCCCUGGAAUACCCCUCUACUCCCUGUCAAGAAACCUGGAACAGAUGACUAUCAGCCAGUCCAGGACCUGAGGGAGGUCAAUAAACGAAUAGAAGACAUCCACCCUACUGUGCCUAACCCCUACAACCUACUUAGCACCCUGCCUCCAACCCACUCCUGGUAUACUGUUCUAGACCUAAAAGACGCUUUCUUUUGCUUAAAAUUAAGUCCUCAGAGUCAACCCAUUUUUGCUUUUGAAUGGAAGGACCCAGAGUUGGGAAUUUCAGGCCAGCUAACUUGGACAAGGCUGCCGCAAGGAUUUAAGAACAGCCCUACAUUAUUCAAUGAGGCCCUUCACCAGGACCUGGCUGAUUUCCGGGUGAGUCAUCCCUCCCUGAUCUUACUCCAAUAUGUCAAUGACAUCUUAUUGGCCACAACAAAUGAAAAGGACUGUCGAACAGCGGUGACUAACGGCCAGCGGUGGCUAACGGCCGCAAGGAAAAAGACUAUAUCCAGCAUUCCAACGCCCCAAACCCCCAGGCAAUUGCGGGAAUUCCUAGGGACGGCGGGCUUCUGCAGACUAUGGAUCCCCAGGUUCGCAGAAAUAGCGGCUCCCCUGUACCCCUUAACCAACUUAACCAAACAGGAUGUCCCUUUUGUCUGGACCGAACAACAACAGCAGGCAUUUGAUCAUAUUAAACAAGCGCUCCUCAAAUCCCCAGCGUUAGGCCUGCCGGACAUAACUAAACCCUUUGACCUGUUCAUCGAUGAAAAACAAGGGUUUGCUAAGGGGGUCCUAACUCAAAGACUAGGGCCUUGGAGAUGCCCUAUCGCCUACCUCUCUAAGAAAUUAGACCCCGUGGCAGCAGGAUGGCCACCAUGCCUGAAAAUGAUAGCAGCCAUAGCGGUCCUAAUUAAGGAUGCAACCAAACUAACUUUGGGACAGCCUGUCACAAUCUUGGCUCCCCACACAGUGGAAUCCUUAAUUCGUCAACCUCCAGACCGUUGGCUAUCUAAUGCUCGCCUUACUCAUUAUCAGUCCCUCCUCCUGGACACAGACAGGAUCCAGUUCGGACCUGUGGUGACUCUCAACCCCGCAACUCUCUUACCCACCCCUGGAGAGACCCCUUUACAUGACUGUCACCAGAUCCUUGCAGAAAUACAUGGGACAAGGCCUGACUUGACUGACCAGCCCAUGAGGGAUGCGGACCUGACUUGGUACACGGAUGGUAGUAGCUACGCGAAUGGAGAGCGGAGGGCAGGAGCCGCCAUCACAACCGAUUCUCAGAUUGUAUGGGCAAGCGCGUUACCAGGAGGCACUUCAGCCCAACGGGCUGAGCUAAUCGCCUUAACUCAGGCUCUCCAGCUGGCAGAAGGUAAGAAACUUAAUGUUUACACCGGUAGUAGAUAUGCCUUUGCCACAGCCCAUAUUCAUGGGGAAAUCUAUAGAAGGAGGGGGCUAUUAACCUCUGAUGGAAAAGAAAUCAAAAAUAAAACUGAAAUAUUGGCCCUGCUGAAGGCCUUAUUUCUUCCCAAGAAGUUAAGCAUCAUGCAUUGCCCAGGCCAUCAAAAAGGAGAUAGCCCAGAGGCCAAAGGAAAUCGCUUGGCCGAUGAAACAGCCCGAUGAGCAGCUCUAGGACCCCAACUAUUGACUGUGACUAUCCUCACUGGGACAGAGGAGGAUAUCAGUGAGACCCCCAUUUGGAGUUAUGAGAAAACAGAUUUGGACAUCAUUCAGAGGUUAGGAGCCAAUUACAACCCGGUCCAAAACCGAUGGGAAUAUCAAGGAAAAGCCAUAAUACCCGAACUAAUAGAUCACCUCCAUUGGCUGACUCAUCUAAGUGCAAAUAAGAUGAAAUCUUUAAUGGACAGAGCCAAUUUAGAAAACUAUUUCCCCAAACGAAAUUUCCUCCUUCGGCAAGCGGCCGCAAAUUGCAGAGCAUGUGCUCAAGUCAAUCCUGGAAGAACUAGUAUCGGACCUGGAGUCUGAGUACGCGGUCACCGCCCUGGUACGCACUGGGAAAUUGACUUUACCGAGAUUAAACCCGGCAUGUAUGGAUAUAAUUAUCUCUUAGUUUUUUUAGAUACUUUUUCAGGAUGGGCAGAGGCCUUUCCCACCAAGAAGGAGACAGCCAACAUAGUUGCCAAGAAAUUACUGGAAGAAAUUUUCCCGAGAUAUGGAAUGCCCGAGGUAUUAGGGUCAGACAAUGGGCCUGCUUUUGUCUCCCAGGUAAGUCAGUCAGUGGCCAAGCUUUUGGGGAUCGAUUGGAAAUUACAUUGUGCUUACAGACCCCAAAGUUCAGGACAGGUAGAAAGAAUGAAUAGAACUAUCAAGGAGGCUCUAUCUAAAUUAUUGCUUGAAACUGGCUCUAAAGAUUGGGUCCAGCUCCUGCCUCUAGCACUCUAUAGAGCCAGAAACACUCCUGGCCCUCAUGGUCUAACACCUUUCGAAAUCCUCUAUGGUGCUCCCCCUCCAGUUGUCACAUUCUUUGAGACAGAUAUCUCUACCCCUCUAUACGCCCACCUGCAAGCCUUGCAGCUGGUCCAACAAGAAGUGUGGAAGCCUCUAGCAGCUGCCUAUCAGGAAGAACUUAACAUCCCGUCACAGCCUCAUCCUUACAAAAUCGGUGAUACUGUCUGGGUCCGCAGGCAUCGAGCCACAAACCUUGAACCCCGCUGGAAAGGACCUCAUACGGUGCUCCUAACAACGCCUACGGCGCUAAAAGUUGACGCGAUCGCAGCCUGGAUCCAUGCAUCCCAUGUAAAAGCGGCACACCCAGACGGGCAGACCGAACAUCCUCAGAACUCGGAAUGGACCGUCAGACGCUCCCCAAACCCACUAAAGAUAAGACUUGUUCGCCAUUAAUUUUACUCUUUUGUUUGUCCUAUCUCCUUUCCCCUAUAAAAGGCUCCAGUCCACAUCUUACCAAGCAAUUAACCUGGCAGGUUCUCUCUCAAACGGGGGAGGUCAUCUGGUCCACAUCGGGUCAACACACCCCGGGUACAUGGUGGCCCACUCUCACCCCUGACUUCUGCCAGUUGGCAGCUGGGCUAAACGAAUGGGAUAUUCCCACCGCUGAUCCUCACUCAUUACACUCCUAUACUGGAGACCCCACGGGG